GCCAAAGCUAUGCGGACAAGAAUUCUGCUGGUGAAAAGCGUUCAUCUUCACCAUUGAUGUCGCGGGCGCCGUCGGGCCUCGACGUUGACGGAGAACCGUCAUUAGGGCGCGUAUUGUGCAUCGCGGCCGCGGCCACCUCUACCACAUCAUCUCAGUGCCUAGGAAGCAGCAGCGCAUCAUCUUCGGCGCCAAAGGAUAAAGUAGAAACCCAGCCGCCUCUUGCUGCUGCACAGCAAUACUACACACCCGCCUUUUUUCUGGCGCGUGGUCGGGUUACCUCUUCUGCAACCAGUUCGGCCCCGCAGGCUUCGACUUCUUCCUCUUUGUCCUCGACAGCUGCUCCUCAACACCUUGGGGGCAUGGCACCGACUUUCGGGUUCCCGCGGGCAGAGGCGGAAACAGCAACGAGAGCCGGCGCAGCAGCAGCAGCAGCCGCACUUCCUGUACAACCACGCUCAAACAACUUCGUGAGCAGUAAAUCUGAAGCAGAAAAGGAAACAAACGCCCGUUUCCGCACGAAAUUGUGCAACGACGAGAACAAGCAACGUGGUGGCGGUGAUGUACUUCUAGAGGAACAAGAACUACAACAAGUUGCACCAGUAGCGCUCCUCAACCAGCACCCCGGAACAACAAGGAACGGCGCAAACGCAACGGCCUCGGACCUGCAACUGCACGCCGGUCGGGAUCCUCACCAGAACAACAGUGGGUUCUCGUCGGCGCGCCCGUCGGCCCUUUUUGCCGUGGGGGGCGGCGGUGGACAAGAAUCGCACGAGGGCCUCCACCGGCUCGGCACACGCACAAUCACAGAACCCGAUCUGCUGGCGGCCUUGGACCCUAGUACGGCCCAGCUUUCGUCAUCGGACAACGAAAGCGAAGGUGACGAUGGUGGCCACGAUGCUGGUACAGCAGGGCAGCGGAAGUCAGCUAAAAAUGGUCGCGGAGAUGAGGAUCGCGAUGUCCUCGCGAGAGCAUCGCGAUCUUGCGACGAGCUUCGUGCAUUGAUCGAGUUGGAAGCGGAUGGCUUAGAGGAGAGGACCAACUACGCCGGACUGCGUUUGCCACGCCAGUGGACCGGCCACUGGAUGGAGCCAGACCUGCGACCCGCCGUGCUGCCCA